AUGGAUCUAGUUGUGGUACUGGUGCUCUGUCUCUCCCUCUUGCUUCUCUUUUCACUCUGGAAGCAGAACCAUGGGGGAGGGAAGCUGCCUCCCGGCCCCACUCCUUUCCCAAUCAUUGGAAAUAUCCUGCAGUUAGAUAUUAAGGACAUCAGCAAAUCAUUAACCCAUCUUUCAGAAGUCUAUGGCCCUGUGUUCACCGUAUAUUUGGGCAGGAAGCCCACUGUGGUGAUGCACGGUUAUGAAGCAGUGAAGGAAGCACUGGUUGAGUUUGGAGAUGAGUUUUCUGGAAGAACAAAUUUCCCACUGACUACAAGACUUAAUCAAGCAUCUGGAGUCAUUUUCAGCAAUGGAAGGAGAUGGAAGGAGAUGCGGCGCUUCUCGCUCAUGACCUUGCGCAAUUUCGGGAUGGGGAAGAGGAGCAUAGAGGAGCGAGUUCAGGAGGAGGCCCGCUGCCUUGUGGAGGAGCUGAGGAAAACCAACGCCUCACCGUGUGACCCCACCUUUAUCCUGGGUGCUGCUCCCUGCAAUGUGAUCUGCUCCGUGAUUUUCCAGAACCGUUUUGAUUACAAAGAUGCAGAUUUUCUUAACUUGAUGGGAAAAUUCAAUGAAAACUUCAAAAUUCUGAACUCCCCCUGGUUGCAGAUUUGCAAUACUUUCCCUAUUCUCUUCGAUUAUUUCCCAGGAAGUCAUAAUACAGUCAUUAAAAACUUUACUGAAAUAACAGAUUAUAUUUUGGAGAAAAUAAAGGAACACCAACAGACGCUGGAUGCAGAUAAUCCCCGGGAUUUCAUUGAUUGUUUCAUUAUCAAAAUGAAACAGGAAAAGAACAAUGAGCAGUCUGAAUUUACUACUGAAAGCUUGAUUGGCUGUGUAACUGAUCUGUUUGUGGCUGGGACUGAGACAACGAGCACCACUCUGAGAUUCGGGCUCCUCCUCCUGCUGACGAAUCCAGGCGUGGCAGCUAAAAUGCAGGAAGAGAUUGAGCGUGUAAUAGGCAGAGACAGGAUCCCCAGCAUGCAGGACAGGAGCCGCAUGCCCUACACGGACGCUGUAAUGCACGAGAUCCAGAGAUAUGUGAACCUCAUCCCCAACAAUGUGCCCCGUGCAGCAACCUGCAACAUUAAAUUCAGAAACUACUUCAUCCCUAAGGGCACAUCCAUGAUAACUUCACUGACCUCUGUGCUGCACGAUGACAAAGAGUUCUCCAACCCUCGGGCGUUCGACCCUGGCCACUUCCUGGACGAGAGUGGAAGUUUUAAGAAAAGUGAUUACUUCAUGCCCUUUUCAGCAGGAAAGCGAGCGUGUGUGGGAGAGGGCCUGGCCCGCAUGGAGCUGUUUCUGUUCCUGACCACCAUCUUACAGAACUUUACCCUGAAACCUCUGGUCGACCCAAAGGACAUUGACGUCACCCCAGUUUUCGAAGGAUUUGGCCGUGUGCCCCCCUUUUACCAGCUCAGCUUCAUUCCUGUCUGA